CUCGACACACUCUUCUCGGUUGCAGGCACAAGGAAGUCUGCAAAGGCUGUCGAACAUACCAGCAAGAUGCUAUUCAGGUGGUCCUGGGUGCUGCUUAUGCUGCUAGCAGCCUGCACGGCUCUAGCCUCCAACUGGUCCAAGGAAGAUUACGAGAUCUUCGAGCUUCAGGCAGCACUGCAGAAAGGCGAGGGGCAGAAUGCCACCUUUUACUCAUUGCUAGGGAUAGAUAGGCGCGCUACCGCCGCUGAGAUCAAGAAGGCCUACCGCAAGAAGAGCAUGGAGUUGCACCCUGACCGGAACCAAGGUCAUCCCGAGGCGCACAAACGCUUCGAACGCCUGGGCCUCGUCAACAAGGUUCUGCGCGAUGCCAGACGCGACCGAUACGAUCAUUUCCUGACGAACGGGUUCCCCAAAUGGCGCGGGACCGGCUACUUUUACGAGCGCUACCGCCCGGGGCUCGGCAGUGUAUUGCUCUUCAUCGUGCUAGCGUCCGCCGGCGUGCAACGGCUGAUCAUGGGGAUCAACUACCGCCGCGACGCCGGGCGCAUGGAGAACCUCUGCCGCAGCGCCAAACUCGCCGCGUACGGGCCCGGCUCCGAAGCGCCCGCUGUCAAAAAGUCCACUUCCACGAGUGUGGGUGGCGGCAGUGCAGGCCGCACACUUGCCGGCGAGCGUAAGGUGCGCGUACCUCUACAAGGCUUCGCCGACCUGCCACCUCGGCCGGACGCCAAUGCGCCCGCAGCAGAUUGGGAGGCGCACGAGCGAACGCUGAAGAAAGCCAUCGCUUCGCAGCUCUCGUCCGGCUCGCACGCCGGACGCUUGGUCGAUAUCUUUGUCUCAAGCCACGGCGAUGGCACUAAGGACGGCAGCGGCGCCAUUUCCAUCGAAGCUGUCGAUCCCGGUAGCGGAGACAGGCUCAGCCUGAACGUCGAGGAUGCGCUACCUCAGCCGAGCUUUUUCGCGACGUGGCCUUUCGCGCUGAUUCGCUCGUUCCUCGGUGGCGCGAGUGGUGCCAAAAACACAGGUGCAUCUAGUGACGGGCACCCAGGCAACGAAGCGGAAGGGUAUGAUGUCGGGUCUGGAGCAACGGCCUCCUCUGUAGUGACGAACGGUGCUGCAGGCACUGCAUCAAAGCGGAAGAAGCGCAAGUAGUCUGACCACACCACGACACGGUUUAUAUCACGGUUUCGGCGAUGUCUUGC